AACCACGAGUGUCCCAUCAGUUCAGUUUUGUUGUCUUGUCAAAUUAUGUGAUUUUAAACAAACAAAUUGUUAUCACAACAGAAAUUAAUGAAUGAUUCCCUUUUUUUUUUUUUUGAUUUGUUUAUUAAUCGAAAAUGUCGCAAGUUCUUUCUCCCGUGGAAAGGAAACAAGUUUUGGGAAGAUAUUUAACAAGAGCGCGAGCUCUCAAGGAUUCAAUUGGAUCUAAAACAUUAAUAAAUCUGAACGAUGUAACUGAAAAGGAAGAUGCUGUUAUGGAUGAGACAAGUCUCGAAGAAAAAAUUGAAAAUCAAGUCGAAGUAAUAUUAGAUUCUGAAAUUGUAACAUGCAUUUCGAAAAUAAUAGAGCAGUGCACAGUUACAUUAUUAAAAGAUGUGAAUACUUAUAAUUAUGAGGAAUAUGCUGAAAUGAUUCAUGAUUACGUUCAACAGCAAUCUGAUACAAUUGCAGAUGAACCGGAAAAUUUAAAUUGGGCUGAUUUAGAAAUUGAUGUGGCGAAAGUUUUUAAAAAAACUCCUCAUUUUUCAACUCUAUCGGGAGCACUUGAACCUUUACCAAAAAAACCAAUUGCAAUUAGAAAACCAUUUAAAAGAGAUGCACAAGCUAAAACAAAAAGGCCAGAAAAUGUAAUAUCAACAGAGAAAGAGGAUCAAAGUGUUGAGGAGACAGUUGAAAAAAUUAGAAAACUAAUAAUUCAACAUCAUAAAAUGCACCAUCAACCGCUUGAUUAUUUCAGUUUAAUAUUACAUCCAACGAAAUUUGGAAAUACAAUAGAAAAUAUUCUUCAUGUUUCAUUUUUGGCUCGCGAUGGAGUUAUUCAAUUAAAAAAAGAUCAAUCAACGGGCAAAUUAAUGAUUGAACCAUGUACAAAAGAAAUGGCACAACAUGCAAAAAAAAUUGGCAAAUCGUCUGUGCAAAAUAUCAUUAAUUUAAAUUCAAAUCAAUGGCAAACUUUAGUAAAAUAUUAUAAUAUUACACAACCUAUGAUCAAUUUUACUAAGGAAAUCGUUUAGUAUUGAUAAAGUUUAUCAAUUUUUUUUAAUGUAAAAGCAGAAAAUGAAUCUUCUAAAAAAUAAUUUAUGCAUGUGUACGUAUUGUAUUAUAUAAAUAUUUAUAUUUUUUAUAUUAUUGUGAAUAAAAACUAAUAGCUUAAAAAUA